AUGAGUGCGCCUGGGCAGCAGGGCCGUGGGGCCGAUGAGAUGUUCCUGAACCGAGCGAACGACCGCGAUUCCCCAACCAUUGUCGAGCCGCUGCGCAUCAACAAGAGGACUUCCAGCGGAUCGUCUGGCGUCCCUUCGAUCACAGGAAAGCAGAGUCCUGCUCCACAACAGCCGAUGUACCCCAUGCCCUCUCUGCCGUAUCCAGACGAGCAAUUGCGGCAGCAAGCUCAAGCCCAGGCCGCUGCCUCAGCCCCUCGACCCAAUGGCGCCCCCGCCGCAAACCCGUACCCAUACCCAUAUCCAGAUGUGAGAAGAGUAACAUCUCCCCAACAGCCAGGAAGUGCCGAGAGCGGCAUAAGGCAACAGGCAAAGAGGACGACAUCGGGGGACGGACGCACUGGCCAGACUCUGGCCGAGCGCCGCGGCACCCUACCAAAACCUCUGCCAGAGUCCCCAGGUCCAGAUGCUCCAGAUAAAGACGGUCUGUUUCAGCGUCCGGUACACCGCAGCGACGCUCCCAACACUGCCCCUCUGCCAAGCCAGAGUCAGGGCCAGCAGCCGUAUUGGCCACCUCCGCCUGAAGGUGCUUCGUCUGCAGCUGAUGCCUUGAGCCGACUCAAGAUCCGAGAUCCUUCCUCGAUCAAUCGAAUCAGUUCUACCGCUUCGACCUCGACCGUACGAGCCCAGCGGGGAUCUCCACCGCCGCCAGAGACACCUAUCGUAGCCCCUGGCGUCCGGCCGCAGACUGACAUCGAAGCCCGAUAUGCGGCCUCGGGCAUCGCGGGAACUGCGACAUUAAACAGCCUUCAAGCUCAGAGCCUGGCUGCCCAGCAAAGAGCAGCACAUUAUGGCGCACCUCCUCAGCCAGCCCAGCCACAGGCCGGCCAAGCUCCCAGACGGCCUUGGACUCCGACCGAAGACCCAGGCAGCUCCCACCAUCCGGCUCCUACAGUCUAUCAAGGCAUGGAAGAAGCGCGCCCAUUGACUCCUCCUUCGGCCACGACCUCGACACACCGCACCGGACCACUACAGUCCCCCACGCGGGCACCACAUCCCGUAGAAAAUGAGCUAUCGAGGCUGCAGCCUCAUGACGAGCCUCCACCAGCAUAUUCUCAAAUACCAGGCGCGCGAGGUGGGUUGCCGGCUGAGAAGCAGAGACGAAGCAUGGUGGGCGCGGCGCCGGCGCCUGCCCAAGGACCAACAGCGGCAGCGGUGCCGCAGUCGACAAAUUCAAGACCAGGAGCAGUGGUUCCGAACCAGAUGGACCAUCCUGCUUUCGCAAAUGAUCCUCGGCAGGGUACUCAAAGCUCGCAUCAGGCCCAGCAGAUCUUGAACGGCCAGGUACAACACGCGCAACCAGUCAUGCCGCAAACGCCCUCUCAAUUGCCGCCGGCUUCUCCUCCACCACUUCCCGAGGGCUGGAUUGCACACCUGGACCCGAACUCUGGACAAUACUACUACAUACAUCUACCAACGCAAUCCACGCAAUGGGAGUUUCCCAAAGGUCCAACACCUCUCAAUCUCAACGAGACUCCAUUAUCGCCGGUAGCCAGUAUUUACCAGAAUCCGCUCGCUUCGCCCGGCUUGUCCUUUGCUUCGAAACCACUGGCCUCGCCUGGCCUACCGAUGACUCCCGGCUAUGAUCAGCAAAGCGUCAUGGGCAUACCUGGACCAGCAGCCUUUACCGGACCGCCUCCCAGUGCAGGUGUGGACCUGUACAAGGUGGUGGCAACCAACGGCGUGUAUUUUGGUCCCUACCUUCGAUAUGCCAAUAUGGAUAUCGACCGCGGAAUCUGGUUCGGCUCCAUACUCUUGGUCACAGACGCACCCCAGCCGCCUACGAUACACUUGCACCAGAGUGUCGAUCUGUCUCCUAACCCGCGCCAGUUGAAGGCCCACAAGAUCUCGACUCACCAGCGAUGGACAUUCUACAAGUACGACAUCGAUAUCCAGAUGGAAGAGUCUGGACCUGCCAAGUGGACCUAUGCCAUCACCUCGCAUCUAGGCUGUACGAGGUACGAGUUCUUGGUCGCCGGGAAACAUGAGACGAACUGGCGGUUUUUCUGCACCUCUGGAAAUGACUUCUCGAUCAACGUGAGUACCAACGAGCGCGCCCGGCUAGGAGGCGUGGGGUUCAUGUGGAAGGACAUUAUGCAGAAACACGCAGAAUGUGGCGGCUUCCACUGCCAGAUUGGAUUGGGAAGCCAGAUUAGCGCCGAUAGACUGUGGAAGGAGAUCCCUUCUCUGAAACAAUGGUUGGCCACGAGCGGGAAGGAGAAUCGCAAGAACGCAGUAUGGACUGCCGCACACGAGGAGGACGUGACGCACGCAUAUUUCCAUUAUUACACAAGUCACUUUGAUCAGCCCAAUUUGCGCGAGGCUUUUGCCCAGAUACCCCAUAUUUUGACGAUUGAUGACCAUGACAUAUUUGACGGAUUUGGUUCUUACCCAGAGUACAUGCAGUUCAGCAACAUGUUCAAGAACAUCGGACGGAUCGGGAUUGAGAUGUACCUACUGUUCCAACACCAUACGACAUUGGAGCUCCUUCGAGACGUGGCCGACGAUCGAGACCUCUUCACCAUCACCGGCACUGGAUGGCACUUUGUCAAGUUCCUGGGGCCGGCCGUCGCUGUGGUUGGCCCAGAUACUCGGAGUGAGCGAACUUCGCAUCAGGUCAUGGCAGGCCCGACCUACCAGGGCCUUUUCCCGAAAAUUGCCCUGCUGCCUCCGACGAUUCAGCAUUGUCUCCUCCUACUCGCCGUUCCUAUCGUCUAUCCACGCUUGGACGCCGCCGAAUCCAUCGCCCACACCGUGGCUACGGGGAAGAAAGCAGUAACGGGCGCGUACAACGUCCUCGGCAAGGUGACGAGUUCUGUGGCAGGGGUGGUGGGCGCGAAAGGCGCCGUCGGAUCCGGCUUUGACUCGGUGAAACGCGCUGUAGGCAAGUCCGGACUGAUGGGAGGCAUCCUGAGUCCAUUUGGUGACAUUGAUGUCCUCGACGAGUUGAAGGAUCUAUGGACCCAUGAUUCCAAGGAUCUGGAACGGACAUACUUUAUCCGCACGCUUCAGGGGAUUUCUCACCAGCGGUCCAUCCGCGUGACCUUUCUCUCCGGGGCUGUCAACACCUGUGGCGCCGGCUUGGUUCAUGAUCCAUCCCACCCCUCGGACCACAAGACGAUGUAUCAGCUCAUUUCAUGCCCCGUGGUCAACACCCCGGCGCCGGGCUACGUCAUGAAAUUGUUGAACAACAACCGACCUCUCUACAUUCCUGCCAACGGGCAGCGAUCGACGCCUUCCCAGCCGACAGACACGAAGGAGGACAUGAUGGAGAUCUUCACCCACGACGUGACGGGCCAGCCGACCAACAACCGCAAACUGAUGGCGCGGCGCAACUACGUGGCAAUAGUGGUGUAUGACCCUGAAGUCGUCAACGGCACGUUUGGCCAGACGGGCAUGAACAGAGGUUCGGGCAGGUUGAGUUUGGCGGCCGACUUUUUGGUCCAAGGUGAAGGUGCGUAUGGGAAUGUGGUCAAGUACGGUCCCGUUGUGGUUCCCAGCUUGGAGUACGGGCGUUGA